AUGGCACCCUUAAGAUCUGUUUCCGAACUUGCAUCCAUAAUCGAAAGAAACACACGAACUCUAGAAGAUGGAAUGAAAGGAUCUCCUGGGGCCCAAUUCUCUGUCUCGUUCGGAGCACCACCGCUGGUUGGCUUGUCCUCUGCACUUGAGGGUACCCAUGAUGAGCUCCUGGAGACGAUCGAAGAGUUACGAGUCCGACUUCAAGGUCCAAUGGGCUAUUUCAUAUCAUUUAUGCUCCCGGCGGCCGCGGCGGUAGCUGUUUUCAAAGCUUUAUAUGCAUUUGACAUCGCCUCUCAUGUUCCUGUUGCACCCAACGCAGAGAUAUCGUACAAAGAUCUCGCAAAAAGCUGCGGUAUUCCAGAGGACGAUACUCGUCGCAUAGUUCAAACUGCUAUCACUUUUCACAUUUUCGAAGAAGUUACUCCCGACGUGUCCGUCAAACACAAUGCCAUCUCAUCGGUAUUUACCUCUCCCGAGAUGAAGGACAUAUUAGGUCUAUAUGCUGAGGAGCAGUUGUCCGGUGUUGUCAAGCUCGUCGAAAGCAUUCGGAGGUUCCCAGGCAGCGGGGAACCCGGUCACUCAGCCUCGGUAUUAGCUUUCAGAGAAGAGAAAGCAGUGAAAGAGAUAGGCAUCAACAGAGAAGAGAUUGCUGAUCCGACCAAGAAUUUCUUCGACUAUAUUGCCGAAGACGAGAAACGUGUUGCCCGUUUCCGAUCAGCCAUGGGCGUGUCUACCAAGGCCCCAGGCUUUACCUCGUCAUACUUUGUGAAGACUUUACCGUGGGCGGACAAGGAUCAGUGUCCAGAGACUGUUGUGGAUAUUGGUGGAGCUGGUGGUGAAGUAAUCCAGAGCAUACUACGUGCCUAUCCCAACGUCAAGAAGGGUAUGGUGCUGGAUCUCCCGGAAGUUAUCGCCGACGCCAAAGUCCCCGAGGAUCUCAGCGACAGACUCGAGUACAAGAGCUACAACUUUCUCACGGAGAAGGUGACACAUGAUGCGGAUGCCUAUGUAUUUCGCCAUAUUUUCCACGACUGGAGCGAUCAGUACGCCACAAAAAUCUUUAAGAACUUGGUUCCAGCUCUCAAGAAGGGUAGCAAGAUCUGGCUCGCCGAAGUUGUACUUCCCAACUUGAGUGAGAAGGACCGGCUAAAAGACCGGCUGCAGAGAAGCGCGGAUAUCCUCAUGAAAUCAGGAUUCAACGGCAAAGAACGUAGCAAGCGAAAUUGGGAAAGUGUCCUGGCUGCAUCCGAUGAGAGGCUUCGGAUUGUAAGCAUCGCAAAGCCUGAAGGUGCUCAUGACUCUGUUAUUGAGAUUGUGUUUGACGAUUGA